AUGUCCAUCACUUCCCAGGCUGCAGCUCGAUGCUGCAGACAGCUCGUCCGCCCAUCCGCUUCUCUUCGUCUUUCCGCUACAUAUCAGCAAACAAUAAGCCGGAGAUGGCAGUCCACAGAGGCUCCCGCUGCCCCUGCCAACCCCAAGAUCACGCAGAUUGUCGAUCAGAUCAGCCAAUUGAACUUGUUAGAAACCGCCGACCUUGUUGCCAGUCUGAAGUCCCGCCUUAACAUCCCUGACCUCCCAGUCGGCGGCUUCGCCAUGGCCCCCGGUGCCGGCGCACCCGGUGCCGCUGCUGCGCCCGCCGAAGAAGAAGAGGCCGCUCCUCCCGCUCAGGAAAAGACCCUCUUCAACUUGAAGCUUGAGUCUGUCGACGCCGCCCAGAAGGCCAAGGUCAUCAAGGAGGUCAAGACGCUUCUCGGCCUCUCGCUCGUUGACAGCAAGAAGUUUGUCGAGUCUGUGCCGAAGGUGCUUAAGGAGAGCGUCCCCAAGGAGGAGGCGGAGAAGCUUAUCGAAACACUUAAGGCCGUCGGUGCCAAGGCUGUUAUGGAGUAAACACUUUGUGGGUUGGCUCGAUACGGUGUUUGUUAUGAGUGCUCUCAAUGGUGUGAUUAGUAUGGCCAUGUCCUGUUUGUGUGUGCUGCUCUCCUGCUCUCGGCUGGCUAGAUGUGUUUUCUCCUUUCUGUCAUAUAUCUCUGUCUCUUCUGAAGGUGUUUUGAUAAAUUGGCCGGGGAGUGGGAGAUAGGCAGCGAAUGUAUAUUAUAAUGUACUUGUUUGGACUCUUUUGUUCCAUGAAAAUUUGGGCUUCCUUUGCUACUGCUGGGCUCAUCCACGAGAGUUUCUCAGCGGUACAUUAGUCACACCAUAUACCAAACUGUCCUUUGCCAG